AAAUACCAUUGGUUCGGCAUGCUUGACCUCGGAAGCAAAGCAAAACACGGCUGUCUACGAUAAAAAAAAAAUCGACAACUAUUUACCUCUGCUAGAUAUAUUUCAUUACUCUGUCAUGAAUCGGUAAACUCCCCUUAAACAUGAGUAACAGAACUGCUGGAGAAAAAGAGGAUCCCCCUGUGAUAUCCUCCACCCCCACAAUCAAUCUCCCAGGACAUGCUAUCCUCAGUCAUUAUCAAGAACUGCAAGCAGCAUCUAAAUCAUUGAACCAACCAAUGGUACCAAUCAACCUAACAAGUGGAAAGACAGGAGAUGGUGGGAGUCUAGCAGCCAUUAUUCCUCAAGCUUUAUUGUCAGAAGUGCCAAGACCAGUGGCUAGUGUGGUAACCACUGCUGCCCCUUCAGCACCCUCCACUCUACCCCUUGUCAACACUACCACCACCCCCACUAUCCCCCAGGGUAGUAUUGUCCAGAUAAGCCCAGGGACAGCUACCAAUGUCAGCUCUAUUCUGAGGGGUGGCAGCACUCAACAUCUUGGAUUUGCCUCUCAUCUCCCAAAAGGUCCUAUGGCUGCAGCAUCGGCAUUUGCUGGGCCUAAGUCCAUGACUGCCCUGCCAAUGGUGAGACACCCCACGGUCAGCCUUCAGAGUCCUGGUACAAAGGUUCAGACCUCCUCUCUCAUCAAAUCAACCACACCCCCAACAUCAAAGUCUCCUACUCCAGGGGUAACCAUUGCUGUCACUCAGGCCAGUGAAGGAUCAAGCAGGACAAAUGUAACUGUACCAAGCACAGUCACAACCCCACAGGGCAGCAUUCAGAUUACCCUACAAGCCCCCCGCCAAGCUGGGGAGGGUAUCUCCAAACCUCCCACUAUACAGAGAACAAUAGAUGUUCAAAAGCCGCUCAUUCAGGCCUUGAGAACAACUACAGUUGAUACAGCCCCCAAAACAAUUAUUACAACUCAGGUCCGACCAGUUGGGGAAGCCGCAGUGAAGUCUGUUAUCGCUGGGUCCUUACAGAGGUCCCUGGAUGCAAAGCAACCCGUGAGGACGACUAGUGAUCCGGUUAUUCGACCCCCUAAAACAGUACAUGUGCCACAGACUUCCACAUUCUCUGGGACUAAAGUGUUUGUGACUCAGACUUCAAACUCAUCAGUGACUCCACAUAAUCUUGUGACAAAUCCAUUGAAGACUAACAAAGGUAUCACUAUCCCAUCAUCCUCUUCUGCUGCUUUAUCUGCAGCUUUGUCAUCUGUUACCACGACAGCCACAACCAUUCCCAUAGCAAAAGUACCCCCAGUGAGACAGCCCCCUUUGUCUCUGGCCCCUCACACAGUUAGCUCCACCCUUCCCCUCACCCCAAGCACUCUGGAAAGGCCUCGACCGGAGUCCACCCAUCCAGGGACUGCGCCACCAGCCCACUCCACGUCUACCGCUAGCAUAUUCAUGCCACACCGGACUCAGCCUAGUACUUCUCAUAAUGCACCAUCAACUCUCACUCAUGCAGAAAGGCCAGCCUUGUCCAGUCAGAUAUAUCCAUACUUCAUUCCUGAAUACUUGAUGCAAUAUCCUUGCAGUCCCUUGAUGCAGCAGGCCUUGGCAAAUGCGCAGCCAAAUGUACAUGCAAUCCCUACAAUAUCUACAGCUUCUACCAUCAGAACAGGGCUUCUGCAAAAUCAAACUCCAAAUUUAGCAGCCUCAUUACAAGCAGCACACACAUUUUCUGGGACACCAGGGGCAGGUGUGCGAUUGAAUCAAUCUCAGCCCGUUGUAGUUACCAUGGAUACUAUUCGAGCCCAACAGGCACUGUCUGGAAACCUUCCUUUCACAGGAUCAACGGCCGUUCCCGAGUCAACAGCACGUCCCACCACCCCAACAGACAGUCUAUCAACCCUGUCGUCAGCCACCGCAGCGUCUAUCCCUAUUCCUGCACUAACAGUCAUGGGACAGUGUAAUCCUGCUCCUAAUUAUCCGUCAACUCCAGUUACACCCCAGAAUUCUCAAUCUAACAGCAAUACCCCAGUCAGUACCCCAAAUGCUUCACCCAGACCAAGCAUUCUCAGAAAGCGAACCAAUGAAGGACCUGUGAAGAAACCAGUGUGUGGUCUGAAUACAAUGGACAGACACAGUCCUCGUCCAGAUUCUAGGACAGACUCUGCCCCCCAAUCCAACACGAGCUCUCCCAAAACUCCAGCUACUCCUGCAGGUGAAAGUCAGUCAUCCACUGAUACAGCCUUAUCAAGCGAGGCCACAACACCAACUCAAAACAACAUGGCUGAACUCAAGAUUAAACAGGAACCCAUGGAAGGGCUGGAAAAUGGUUUGUCUGCAGCUAUUAAUAGCAGCAUUGCUUCUUUGUCCAACUCUUUACCCAACAGCACAGAUGCUUCUCCCAGGAAGAAACCACGAAAACAGCUGCUAAAUGCUAAUGAGGAGCUGAAGGACAAUGUGUCCUCAGAUGAGGAGAAGGUGGCAGUGGAAUCUGUGAAAGAGGAAGAAGACAUUAAUAAUGAAUUUAGAGAAGAAUAUGUGGAUGAUGAAGGUGUGCGAUGGACUGUAGAGAAAUGUCGACCCAACAUUUCUCUUAUGAACUUUUAUAAUAUCUCUUGGAAACCUAGAAAUAAUCAUUUUAAUAGACAUACAGAAAUUAAACCAAAAGAGGAGCGACGCCCUACUGUGAAUGAAUUAGCCAAUCAGAGAGGAGCUGCUCAGAAGGCUAGUGGCUGGAAGCUGUAUCACAUGGCAGCACAGAUGGAGGAUCUGAAUGAUCUGGAGAAGACUUUAUUAAGCAAAUUAUCAUCAAUUCAAACUGCUUUGUCCCCACGUCCUCAGAAUAAACUCACUGUGGUGUCCAUGGAGGACGAACUGAGUAUGAUGCACGAGUUAACUCAGGCAAACAUUCAAAGAUGCAAACUCAUUAUGGAUCAACUUGAAGAAUCAAGAACAAACAUGUUGAAAGUGCUAGAUCAUAAACAGAAAAUAUCCGAAAUUAUCAAUAAGCAUGUUAGCAAGAGACCAAUUAAAAAGAAGGAAAGAUCAUAGCAUUGACCAAUGCAUGAAAUUAUACAAUCUGACCAAUCAGUGAGAGACAACCUGAGUAUGGAAAGUAUGUGAUACAAAUACAUGUAUAAAGCAAGAACUGAACUUGACAACAGAUUUGUUGUUGCCUCUUUUCUGUUUAUGCUAUUUCUUUUAAUUGUUUCUAUUAAGGGCAUGGUUUAAUGUUAAAAGUCUUUAACACUGGAUUUCAAUUCUUUGCAUAGAAAUCAAAUUUUAAGUUUAAGUAACCAUGACAAUGACAUGAUCAAAAGAAAGAUGAACCUUAAUGAUGUUUACAUGUAAAAAGGUUAUCUACAGCAGUUCCCAGGGUUUACCUCCCUUAAAUAUCCAUGUGUUAUAUUUGUUAUGCAUUGUUGAAAAUUUGAUAUAAGUUCUAUUAUUUCAUAUUGAAAUUCACUUGUUUCAUUGUGACAGUAGAACGUGUUUUCUGUGUCAUUUUAUUUAUUUCAUCAUUCAACAUGUUACAUACAUUUUAUUUGUUACUUUGUCACCAAAGAGUUGUGUGAAAAAUAAGUUUUCUAAAAAAGCUCUUUGACAUUGUACAGUUCAUCUUAAGUAAUAAUAGUAUAAACUUGACAUGAAGUAAAAGAAUUAUUGAUAAAAACCAUUUGUGAUUUCUGGUUUACAAAUUUUAUUAUUUAGGUGAUUAACACAUGGUUGAUAGUCACAUUUAUGUCAGCUGAAAGUUGAAAAUUAUGUUGUACAUUGCAUUUAUCAUACAAAAUACAAUAAAA